AUGCUCAGUCGUCAAUUUGCACGCGCCGCUGCCGUCACUCCUCUCGCAGGCGUGCGAGCUCUGAGUUCGACUGCUAUCCUUAACGGUCGCACACCUUCACUGGGAGAUGUCAACCCUACACAUGCAGAGGUCGAUAAGUUCAGUCAGAAGCAGAAGGAAUUCCGCGAUCACCUGGUCGAGGCACAGAAGAAGCGAGAAGCCAGACGCUCUAAGGAGGUGAAGGAGCCUGAACCUUCCCGCAAGGCGGGCCCUUUGACGAACCUCAUUUACGGUACCAAGGAGGGUCGUGAGCUCGAUGCUCAGCUCGAAGCAAGCUUCAGUCAAGUUCUUGCCCGUGGCAAGUACGUCCAUUCGAUCGUUCUUCACGAAGUCAAGCCUGAGAAGGUUGACGAGUAUGUCGAUCUCGUCGGGAAAUGGUAUCCCAAGAUGGCGAACGCCCCGGAGAACAAGGUGAAUUUGGUCGGAAGCUGGAGGACAGAAGUUGGCGAUUGUGAUACCUUCGUCCACAUCUGGGAAUACCAAAAAUACGAAGGUUACCAUCAAUCCCGAUACUCAAUUACUCACCAUCCCGAAUUUGCCGACUUUGAUAAUAAGCUAAAGGGCCUAAUCAACUCGAAGAACGUCUCUCUUAUGCAAGAAUUCUCUUUCUGGCCAACCACCCCCCCACGAUCGCUCGGUGGCAUCUUUGAGUUGCGUUCUUACACGCUGCACCCCGGCAACCUGCUGGAGUGGGAGACACACUGGCGACGAGGUCUCAAGGCCCGCCGUGAGGUUAUGGAGGGUGUAGGCGCUUGGUUCGUUCAGAUUGGCGAUCUUAACACAGUCCACCAUCUGUGGCAGUUUGCCAAUCUUGAGGAGCGUCGAGGCCGUCGUGAACAGAGCUGGCAGGUCGAGGGCUGGAGUGACACAGUCCACAAGACAGUGCCUCUUAUCCAGAGCAUGAAGUCAAGGAUCCUCGUCCCAAUGCCUUGGUCUCCUGUUCGAUAA